AUGCUGUAUGAGAUUGAUGUUGAUGAGGCAGAUAUUGACGUUUUAGAGAAGAAUUUACUCAAAUCAAAAGAAUUGUUUGAAUCAAUUGAUAAAUCACUAUUCAAAAUAGCCAACAAAUCCCAAAAGGCGUCAACAACGAUUAAACCAGUACUUAGUCAAGUCAACAAAUUAACUAAAUCUAAAGAGGAUGUAGAGAAAGGAUUAGCUUUACUUGAAGAUGUAAGUGCAAGUGCUGAAAAGAUUAACAAUUUUGAGAAUAUUUUGAAUAAUCCCGUUGAUACGAUUGGGAUAGUUCGGUAUAUGAAUACUUUAAAUCAAUCUAAAACAUUGUUUAAAACAGUUAAACCCAAGUUUAAGCAAUUCACAGGUAUUCUUUACAAUUUUGAACAAUUGAAUGAUAGAUCAGAAAGAAAAAUCCAAGAAUAUUUUCAAAGUUUGAUUAGACAAGAUGGAAAUAAAUUGGUGGAGAAGAAAGAAGAUAUCAAGAUGAUUUUCAAGUAUUUCCAAGAACAAGAAAAUGAUGAAUAUGUCAAUAGAUUAUAUUUAAGAGCAAGAAGUGGGAAAUUGUUAACAGUAUUAAAACCGUAUGAACAAAGUACAGUGGCUGCAGCACGUGAAAACAAUAGACCUUAUGAAAAGGGAUCAAAUGGUAUAACACAAUACACGGAUAUUAUGAUUAAUGAAGUUGGACAAGAAGUUAAUCUUUUGAGAAGUUGUAACUUACCAGUCACAUUUAUUGGCACUAUUAUUGAGGAGCAAAUUUUCAAGUAUAACGAAAUCAUUAUGAAGUAUAAUCAGGUUUUCAGUUCACCAAGUUUAAUUAUAGAUAACAUUGUGUUAAUUUUGGAGAUUCUUGAUAAUUUAAACAAAUUCAAGUAUAAUUUACAUAAAAAUGGAAUCAGCAAUGAAGAGUUUAACAAAACUAUGGGAUUAUUUGUUCAACAGAAUUCUGUCAUUUUUGAAGAGUUUAUAUUGUCGGUUUCAAAACGGUUUAAUAAUUUGCCAAAGUUUACAGAAAACAGCACACAAGAAGUUAUUGUUGAGAUCAUGAGCAAAUUGCGUAAACUCAGUGAGUUUAAAGCGGGCCUAUUGCAACUUAUUAAGAACCAUCAAUUGGGAGAUUGGGUUAAAAGUGCACAAUUUGCUAAAGUGUUCAGUUCAGUGAUUAUAAACACCAAUGUCGAUACUAGCACCCCCGAUUUCUUGUUAUCUUCGUUCUAUUCUGAUGUUAUCGAUGAUAUUAUGGUUAGUAUUGAACUUGGAUUGAAGAUGGAUCAAACAAUGAAGAAAUCAACUCAAGGGUUUAUAUUGGUGAAGAAUUUGUUUAUGUUGGAAUCCAUUGUUAAUCGAUCACAAGAUUUGUUUAAUAGUCUUGGGCCAUUGGGGAUGGAAAGAAUAGGUAAAUUGAAGAAUCGAUUUUUGAAAUUAUUCUUGGAAGACUGGAAUCAUGCUUCAUUUAUUAUUAUUAGAGAUAUGACCAAUAUUGUCAGUCAACUGGCCAUAGCAGGGUCGAGCAGUGGAACAACCAGUGGAACAGGGGGAGGGCCAGUUUCUAAUUUAUCUAAUAAAGAAAGGGAACAAGUUAAAGAAUUGUUUAAGAAUUUCAAUGAAUCAUUUGAACAAGCAUUAGCUACUUAUUCACGUUAUAAUUUUGGGGAUGUUGGAUUGAAGCGUUAUUUGGGUAAUGAAGUCAAGAAAUUGGUGAUGAAUGCAUAUUUUAAGUUGUAUGACAAAUAUGGUACGUCUGAUUUCACAAAAAACAAAUCCAAAUAUGUCAAAUAUGACAAAAUAGAGUUUGAAAAGUUAUUGAAUGAAAGAUUAUAA